CGAUAUCGAUUAGCUUGGUAUUAUAGAGCAAUCGCUUGUACGGUCAUACUAAGGCACCAGUAGGCCAAAGAAACUCUGAAAUUUUCUUUCUUACUACAAUUUUCAUCGAGCUGAGUUGCAAACUUUUCUCAAGUGACAGUGAGAAGUGUAAAUUAUUAAAAACGGGCCAAGCGCUAAACAUUGUGAGAGGGGUAGCGAACAUACGCAUGUCGCUACCUCCCGAGGACACCACUAAUUCCGCACACGAAUACGCACUCCAAAUCGGGAGCAAUGUAUCGGCAGCCCGAGUAGUCGGUUCGGCAGUAGGACAGCGAUUUUCGCCGUCGCCAGAAGCUCAUCCGGACGUGAUUGAGAUUUCAAGUUCGGAAAACUCUCCAGUAUGGCCGAGUAGAUCGGAAGAAGCAGCACCCAACGCCGCAGCGGCACAACUCCUGUGGGCGGAGAAUCAAGGCCUCACGACAUCGCACUUAUUGCCAACUGAACCGACUUUCGAGACAUUGAACACCAAUGCGUACUCCUCGCCACCAGGGGAUUCACGAUUUACGUUCCCGAACCAGAACUACUCGCCGCUGCUGCCGCGGUGUGUCCCAGUUCCGAAUCAGCGUUACUCUCCAUCUGGAUCGCCAAUACACCAACUCCAUGAGCUGCAAAACUGUCCAUUGAUAGAUUCGCCGCUAAGACUGCCACCUCCCUCGCCCAAGGAGGUACCAACACCGAGCAUCAACCGUACAGUUGAUGCACUGAUCGACCUUGACCAAAACCAGCAGGUCAUAUAUUAUAUCCAGCAGUACAACAAUGAGCCAGUUCUAUAUCAACAAAACAUAGGAUCGGGAUUCCAUGUAUACUAUCAGGCACCUGAGGAUAAUCAACCGAUUUUAUUAUCCGAAAUCCAAUGGGAAAAUCUCCCGACUCCUGCUGAGAUUCAGGAACAAGACCAGGACAAUAUCGUAACCGAAGUUACGGAGCUUGCAUCUCCUGUUGUUACUGAUAUACACGUACAAAGUCCUCAGUGCGUAAUCGAGAUCGAUGAUGAAGAUGAUGAAGAUUUAAAGUUUGCAUCUGAUGAUCACGAGCAACAUCUGUACACUAUAUCUGAAACCCACGAGAAAAUACAACAAAGUCCUCAGUUCGUAAUCGAGAUCGAUGAUGAAGAUAUUGAAGAUUUAAAGCUCGCAUCUAAUAAUCUGGAGCAGCAUCUGCACACUAUACCUGAAACCGAGGAGAAAAAACAACAGAUUGCCAACGAAUUCUCGGAGAAAAUUCUCCACCUUGCUCCUGAUAUCCCCGAGCACAAUCAACAAACAGCCGAGCUCCAAAAGGAAGGUCUCCAGUUCGAUUCUGAAAUCGAGAAGCGAGAUCUGCAGAUUGUUACUGACACUCACAAACAAAAUCAUCAAAAUGUAACCGAGAUCCAGGAGGAAAGUUUCCGGUUAACGUCUGAUGCACAGAAACCAGAUCAGCCGACCGUAGUUAUUGAAAUACAGGAAAAUGCGCAGCUCGCAUCUGAUAAUCAAGACCAAAAAGUGCAGACUGUUACCGAAAUUAACGAGCUUUCGAGAGAAAAUGUCCAGUUUGUAACUGAAAUCCUGGACGCCCAGAAUCCCCAGCUCGCAAAAUACAUCCGGGAGCAAAACCAGCAGAUAACAGCUGAAGACCAACAAGAAGAGCAACAUUACAUGAAUUUUCCAGAGAUCCAAAAGCAAAGUGCACAGCCUGCAUCUGAAUUCAAAGGGGACAAACAAAAGCUGGCAUCUCAGUUUCUGAAGGGGAACCAACAAUUUCCAUUCAAGCUCCAGCAGCAAGAUCAGCUGAGUGUGCCAGAGAUCCAGAAGCAAAGCCACCAGUUCGAAUCUAAGGUCAAAAAGAAGAAGUUGCAGCCCUUUUCUGAAUACCAGCAGAAAGGUCAGCAACUAUCUGAUCAUAUCGAAAAUAGGCAGAUAAUUCACCAGGAAUUCACCAACCACUCUAACCAGGUUUAUUCUAAGGUCCAGUAUAUACAAACUAUACAAACUGCGCCUCCGCAGGAGAACAACAGUUUUGAGGUCCAACCAGCAAACGAGGUAAAAGAAUUCCAGCGGGACGGAGAACUGAAUAUUUACCCAGGCCGCCAGCAUCAGAACUUUGUUGUUGAGGGUGCGACACCAUUACCGCACGCUGAAGCUCAACCAGGACCUACUCCAGAAGAUAUAUCAGACUCCGUUUCACUUGAGCAUGGAGAGUCGAACACCAUUUGUAUUCGCAAUACCUUCCAACAAAUUCGAGAGAUCUCUGAUAGUCUGGUGGCCAAUCCAGAGCAACCCGAAGCCGCAAACCACCGGCUGUCACUUUACCUUCUGCGCAAGAAGCUGGCCGAUGUGUGCCAUAAGGUUCUAACCGAAGCUAUACAAGGCCGGGCCACCGAUCAGUGCAUCACCAUUCUGAGAGAGAUUCUCGAGCAAACUAAGGAAUUAAGACCACGCCCCAAACGCCCCACGAAGGAUACCGACAUCCAAACAGAAAUUUCGAUGGGCUUAGAAAUAUUGAAAAAGAUCCGUGGUAUGUUAUUCGAUUCCAGAGAAAGCGAAACUGACUCCAGGGAGACCGGAACGGGAUUCCAGGCUCAAAACGGAAAAGGUCGUGGUGCCGGCCGCCAGCCGGAAAAUAAUUAUUUAUCGAAGAAAAGACGUAACCAAGAAGAGAAUCCUCGUCUAGUCAAGUACCGCCGUGUGGACAACAGCUUUCCCCGCUUGAUAACGAACGAGACGGCCGAGGACCUGAUUCCCAACAACUCCAUGGCCGAGCGGGAUAAGCCACAGAGCUCAAAGCGGCUCUCAAUAUUUAAUCCGCCGGUAUACACGCAGCACCGGGUGCGCAAUGAAGCCCCCUACAUACCAACCCCAUUUGACGAUGAGGAGUCGUCACAGAGAUUUGCUAACGCCGGGCCAUCAUCCAGGCCCAUGACUUACUCGGAUGCGGUGCGUCUAGGCCAGAAUGGCAUCGCCGAGUCGCGCGUAAAUGGGCACUCCAGCCAUUCGGUGCGCAGCGCAUCGGCUCGGGUGCAGGGAAGCAUUCUGUUGCACGAGAUGAUCCGCAAGGAUCAGGAGCAGUAUACCGAUCUUAUCCGUACCGCAGCCCAAAGUAAUUCCAUGGGCGGUCGCUGCGUCAAACCGGGUACCCCGCCGACGUUUCAGCGGGGUAAAGCUCAGUCGGCAACCGGGAGCGGUUAUUACUUACUGCAUGACAACCAAUCAAAUAUAAGGAAUUCGCAUCCGCCGUCACAUGGACAUGCGAACCGUGAGCUAACGGAGUACGCCAAAUUGAUCAGCCGGCAGGACGAGAACAGGGCUCCAACACCACAACAGCCAAAGCGAAACGCUAGCAAUAGCUCUGCCAGCCACUCGUCCACUACUUCCAGCAGCGGAUCUUCCUGCAGCACUUGUUCAACUUGCUCGACUUCUUCUGACUCUGAGCCAAAGUCGUUUAAAGAUAGCUCGAAGGUCAGCGCCGCAUCCGGCGGAUGUCGCGUGCGUGGACCACGCACCUGUGGUGGAAUCUGCUGGACAAGAUCGCCAUGCCGCUACAGCAGGCGCUGCUGGUGCCGCAGCUGUAUGCUACGUGAUGUGCCUGACUGUGCUGCCCGGACUGGCGGUCAGCCACCAUGCGCUCAAGCACGCCGAGAUCGCGGGACUGAAGAAUGCGUGCACUUUCACACAACAAGCCGUCGUAUAUGUGUGUGUGUGUGCUGCUGCUGUGGCUGACGUUGUUGCAUUUGUGCAGUGAUAUUAAUAAAUAAAUAUAUAAACUAUAAGCAAGCAACAUAAAUUUAAAUUUGAAUCUAAUAAGCUAUCGAUAAAAGUAAAAUCAAUUCGAAAAAAGAAUGGAAUGCUGGCCCAUAAAAUAUCCCUAAUGAUCUUCUUUUUACAGAAGCCUUUAUUUUUCCAUUAAACUGCGAGACUACUGUACUUUGGAAAUGUGGACGUACAUACAUAUGUAUAUGUAAAAGCGUUUUUUUUCAAUUAAAAUAACUU